AUGGUGAACUAUUCAUUGAUUCGAAUAAUCGUUGGAAUUAUAGGCAAUAUCAUCUCUUUAGGCUUGAUAAUCUCACCAGCACCAACUUUCUAUAAAAUUAUAAAGAUGAAAGCCGUAGAAGAGUUCAAGCCAGAUCCAUAUUUAGCAACAUUAUUGAACUGUGCUGUUUGGGUGUUUUAUGGAAUGCCUUUUGUGCAUCCAAAUAGCACUUUGGUUGUUACCAUCAAUAGUGUUGGGUUUGUUUUCGAAUUGGUUUAUAUUAUCAUAUUUUAUAUCUAUGCCACCACCAAAGGAAGGAAAAAUAUAUUGAUUGUUGUUCUCAUUGAGACUAUUUUCUUUGUGGGUGUUGUUCUUAUAACAAUGUUUGCACUUCAUGGCACUACCAAAAGAUCUUUGGUGGUUGGUAUUAUUGCUGAUAUCUUCAAUAUUAUGAUGUAUGCCUCUCCUCUUACAAUUGUGACAAAAGUUAUAAAAACUAGGAGUGUGAAGUAUAUGCCAUUUUGGCUCUCUGUAGCUAACUUCCUCAAUGGCUUGUGUUGGACAGCAUAUGCUAUUCUUCCCCCCUUUGAUAUUUAUGUAUUGAUAAGCAAUGGUAUUGGAGCAGUUCUUGGACUUGUUCAACUUAUUAUAUAUGCUUGCUAUUAUUCUUGCAAAGGUGAAAACAAUGAAGAUGAUACCAAAAAUGAUGAUCUUGAGAUGAAAUCAACAACUGUUGGUGAAAUCUCAGUUAGCAAUGAAUGA